ACGCGGCUUCACACAGUCCUCUCUUUCUUGACCAUCAAACCUCCACACAUACCGUCUCAAAAUGGCACCCAAGAAGGCCAAGAGGAGGCAGGCAGCAGGAGACAGCGGCUCCUCCAACGUGUUCUCCAUGUUUGAGCAGAGCCAGAUUCAGGAGUACAAGGAGGCUUUCACAAUCAUUGACCAGAACAGAGACGGUAUCAUCAGCAAAGAUGACCUGAGGGACGUGCUGGCCUCAAUGGGCCAGCUGAACGUGAAGAAUGAGGAGCUGGAGGCCAUGAUCAAGGAGGCCAGCGGCCCCAUCAACUUCACCGUCUUCCUCACCAUGUUCGGAGAGAAGCUGAAGGGUGCCGACCCCGAGGACGUUAUUGUCAGCGCCUUCAAGGUCCUGGACCCCGAGGGUACUGGAUCCAUCAAGAAGGAAUUCCUUGAGGAGCUCCUGACCACUCAGUGCGACAGGUUCUCCAAGGAGGAGAUCAAGAACAUGUGGGCCGCCUUCCCCCCAGAUGUUGCCGGCAACGUGGACUACAAGAACAUCUGCUACGUCAUCACACACGGAGAGGAGAAGGAGGAGUAAAGAGGAGCUCGAAGACAAGAAAAAAAACAGCAUCCCUUUGCUAUUCUGUCUUCCCUGCCCUUCCUCUCCUCCUCCUCUUCCCCCCUCCCACCUACCUGUUGUGUGUUACCCACGCGCUCUGCCACUCAUGUUCAAACCAGAGACUCGCCACGCUGACGCAUGAGGUGGCCGAUACGCACGGGGUGUCUGUGUGUGCUUAUGGGGAAUUGGGAUUGUUUUCAAUAAAAAUGAUCUUGUGACAUCACCUCCACUCACAACCUUUUCUCAGCCAUCAUCGUCAUCUUUCCUUGUGAUCUCUGUCUUCUCACCUCCACAUCUCCGUCUACCUGGUUUACUGCAGCACCUGGGCUGCUGGUGCGGGUGAAAAUGUCCCGCUGCCUCCCUUUGGUUCUCCUGAGAGGAGGACGGGGCGCUGCUGACAAACACGGGGACCUCAUUCCAAAUUUUGAAGAAGUCCCCCUUUUAGGUAGAAACGGUGAGAGGAGGGAGAGCACGGUCAGUUUAGAGAGAAAAAGUUGUCUCCUUAAAGUGAUGGCUGCUUCUUUCUCAAAAAAAGGAGAGAGAGAGAAGGAGAGGAGAGGAAGGGCCGAAAGAAAACAUUCAAGUCUUCGAGUUCUUUCCCUCUUCUCCUCCUCCUCCUUUUCAUCACUGGGAUCUCCUUUCCUCCAUAAGGUGUCUCGAUUUCACUCUGAUGUCUUCCUCACCUUCCUCUGUAAUGAAUAAAAGGGACGAACUGUGAAUAAAAACCUCUUUGUUUUUGUA